AAAUAGUUUCAUAUUGGUAUGUAGCAAAGUGCAAAUGAUAGUCCAUAGCAAGACUUCACAGCCAGCAGAACACUGUGCGUGCGUGCGUGCGUGUGUGAGGGGGUGGUGAUGAUUCAGAAGUCCGAUCUCUCACAGGAACAGUCUCUUCACAAGACGCAGAAGCACAUUGCAGUUGGCCAGUGAGGAAAGAUUUUUCUCUUUUUUUUCUAUUUCUGAGAAAAAGAAAAAGAGAAAAGAAUCUGAGGGAUCCACAGAGAAGCAUGUAAACACUAAUAUUGGAUAUUUUGGACUUGCUGUUUGCUGGAAUCUGUCUCAAAUUUAAGAGCUGUCACAAUGUCAAGAGUUGCGAAUUUGUCGAAACUGCGGCAAGAGAGGAUGAGGGAGAUCAGCCUGAGGAAUAAAGAGAGAGAGCGAAUGAGGGAGCAGGAGAAGGCAGCAAGGGAAAGGGAGGCACGUUACAGCAAUGGCCACCUCUUCACGUCAUUGACAGUGUCAGGAACUACACUCUGCACAGCAUGCAACAAGAGUAUUACUGCUAAGGAAGCACUCAGCUGCCCAACAUGCAACGUCACUAUUCACAACCGCUGUCGAGAUGCUUUGCCAAACUGCACCAAAAUGAAACAGAGGCAGAAGACAGUGCUGUUGAGGAAUAACUCAGCUUUGCAGAAUGUCACACUGCGUGCAAAAACACCAGGAAUGCGUGAACGUCCGACUUCAGCCAUCUACCCUUCUGACAGAUUCCGACAGUCCCUGCUCGGAUCCCGCCGUGGUCGCUCCGGUCUAUCCCUGUCCAAGAGUGUGUCCACCAACAACAUUUCAGGGACCCUGAAUGACGACUCUCCCCUGGGGCUGCGUAGGAUCUUGUCCCAGUCCACAGACUCCCUCAGCUUCAGGACCAGAGCUAUGUCAGUGGAGUCUCUCAAUGAUGAUGGAGACAUCUAUUAUCAUUCACUGCUGGAGGAGAUAGAACUGGAGUGCCAGGACUUUAAGGCUGAUUCAUGGAGCAUGGCUGUGGACGGCGGCUAUUUGCAGACACAUCGCAAAAAUGUCAUCAAGAGGCAGGAUGUCAUCUAUGAACUGAUUCAGACAGAGCUUCAUCACAUGCGAACACUGCAUAUCAUGGAAAGGGUGUUUCAGCAGGGCAUGCUGGAGGAGCUUCAGCUGGAGCUCAGCACUGUGCAUGCCAUUUUCCCCUGCUUGGAGCAGCUGAUCAGGAUACAUUCUCAUUUCCUGGCACAACUGCUCCUGCGGCGCAACAACAGCCUGCAGUGUGGAUCGAGCUGCAACUUCACCAUUCACCAGCUGGGGGACAUACUGUUACACCAGUUCUCUGGCCAGUGUGCAGAUGACAUGCAGAAGACCUAUGCUGAGUUCUGUAGCCGCCACUUGAGGGCUGUGAAAUUGUACAAGGAACUGCUGGCCAGAGACAAGCGGUUCCAUUGCUUUAUACGGAGGGUGAGCCGAGGACACUUGCUACGUUGUCAUGGGGUUCAGGAGUGCAUCUUGUUGGUGACUCAGCGGAUCUCCAAGUAUCCUGUCCUUAUUCAACGCAUUCUGGAAUACACCACUGAGGAUGAGGAAGAGGCCUCCAGUCUGGCCCAGGCUCUCACCAUGGUCAGAGAUCUUCUUAGUUCAAUAGACCAGCAGAUGGGGGAAAUGGAAAAAACACAACGGUUGCAAGAGAUACAGCUCAAGUUGGACCCACGGGCUCAGGCCAGAGUAAGGGAUGGUGGAGUUUUCAAGCCUGGAGAAUUGCUCCGCCGGAGACUUGUCCACGAAGGCACCCUUUUCUGGAAAACUCAGGGAUCCCGGCUCAAAGAUAUACAGGUCUUACUGAUGACAGACAUCCUAGUAUUUCUGCAGGAGAAAGACCAAAGGUACAUCUUCCCAAGUCUGGACAAACCUCCAGUACUGUCCCUCCAGAACCUGAUAGUAAGGGAUAUAGCCAAUCAGGAGCGAGGCAUGUUCCUCAUCAGCGACUCCUCUCCUCCUGAGAUGUACGAGAUCCAUGCUGCCUCAAAAGAAAACAAAGAUGUCUGGAUACGCCAUAUUGAACGCACAGUCAGCAAGUGCCCAUCAAGACUGGAGUUUCCCCUAAUAGAAACUGAACAAAAGGCUCAUCUGAGGAGACUCAAAGCUGACCUCCAGCAAAAGGACCGGGAAAUGCUGGAGCUCCUGCAAGAGAGGGUGACUGUUUUCUGUGAGCUGGCAGAGGUGACAAGUGGUCAGGAGGGCCUACAGCCCCCCAUCACUCGUUACUUGUUCAGGGCAGACAUACCCCAAGCUCCACGUGCAGAGAAACUCCUCCUGGAUGCCACAGCUGAAGUGGACAAGUUGAGUGAACUCCUUCUGGGCUCCAGUGUGGACAUCCCUCUUCUAUGUCAUCACAGCCACAAGGAGGUGGUAGGGACCAGUAAACAGGAUCUGUUGGUGAAUGGAGCCCAUGAUUUUUCCACAGCAAAGGAUUGCACGAGGAGUCAAGACAAGCCAACAACUGUGGAGAUCUGUCAGAGGCUGGUGAAUCUCAGUGUGUAUCUCCAUGCACUUCAGGGUGCUGUCAUCAAACAGGACUCCAUCUUGGAGCUGCUGCCACAGUCACAGGACACCCUAGUGCCAGCCGCAGGAGGAGUAUGGCGCCCUCUCUGGCGGAAUAGUGGUGAUCGGGAGGCCAGUGUGGGAUCAACCAUUGGGGAGCUGGCUCUUCUGCAGAGACAACACAGCCUGCUGCAGGAAGAGCUGUUGAGGCUGCGGGAUGCCGAGAACCGUUUCAAAGACAGUGAGAGGGCCCGGGCCAAGUUGGAGAGACAAGUGCGACACAUGAAGGUCUGCAGUGGGCCUGCACCAGACUUCCAGCAGAUGGAAGAACAGGCUCCUCAACCUGCGUCUCUGCAACCAGGAAGUCAUCUCAUAACUGCAGCUGACACCCUGUGGGCCAGGCAGGAGCCUGUCCACUCAUCAGAAGGUCUACAGGACGGCAGUGAUUUGGAGGUAGACGUGACAUCAGAUGAUGAUGGGACAGCAUCUGAAAGCUCCAAAGAUCUUCAAGAUAUUCAAGAGGACAUCUGAUUCACCUGAUUGACUUCAACAAUGUUUAUCUUUUCUUAAAAUCUAAAUGUUUAUUUAGUUGCUUUUGAGUGGAUGGCUUGUGACAGUGAGUUAUUUGAUUCAUUUAAAUUUUUCUGCUUUGGAUUGUUUCCACGACUAGAUGUGGUUAAAUGGGUAUUGCUAAUAUGUAUGUAACUAUUAAAUCUUAAGAUUUGACAAGGAGUGAUGGUUAGGGCUCCUAAGUGUAGUUUAAAAUCUUCAGUUAUUUGACAUUUUACACAUCAAAGUCAUAAAUUCCCCCCCAUAACAAUCUGCCAUCUUUAUUCCAUAAUGACUAUGUUUUCACCCACAAGGGUGUUGAAUCAGGAGCAACUGGACUUGGUUGUAUUUUCUUCAAGAUGUUUAACCUUCAUCCAAGAGGCCUUUUCAGUUCUAAACUAAGUUUAGGUGAAACCCAGGUAUUUAAACUGUGUGGAGUGUGGGCAGUGCUUGUUAAUGCUUCAGACUGUUUCAACCACAGUUGUUGAAACUGCUGUAACAAUGGUUGGUAGAGUCGUUGAAGUCACUUGUGUCUUGAGGGCCACAUGAGGCUGAGUGACAAAGGUUGUUAAUACCCCUUUCACACCAAAAUUAUCGUGUAGACCCGGGUUUUUUAAACACGGAUCGACCCGCUAUGAAUUGGCCAUUGGACGAUUUCACAGUGCAAGCAGACCAGGGUCUGAUGAUCGCCAGCAGUUUUGACCGGAAAACAGUGUAGUGAUAGGUGGCGGUCAUAGGUGGCAGUAAAGAGCAGUGCAUAAAACAAAGAAGAAGAACAGUGUAAUAAACAACAGAAAGCAGCCAGCAUGGAAGCCAGUGAGAGGAUGGUCAACGUUACCUUAUAUCUUGUACUUUUGUCACUCUUUCAAAGUAUACAAACUCAGCGCAGACUGAACGAUGUUCGAGGGCUGAUUGAACGAAGACGGUUGGAAUUUGUGGCUGAGAUGGCAAAGAGUCGCAGAAGGUACAAGCGGAGGAGACAGGCCUUCAUUACCUCCGUCAUCCGCAAAUUUAGCGUGUUCACCCGGUGUGACUUUCACAUCAAUGCCAAUCAGAGGUGAAGCCGAUAAUUGACCCGGGACUCAAUGCCGAUUAAACGUUUUCAAACUGCAGAAAAUGCCAGUAGUAGUGGGUUUAAAUGGGUUUUUUGACCAGUGUGAAAGGGGAAAGGAGGAAAGGACAGCAGUGUAGGUGGGAGAAAGAUGGUGUCUCAGGUCUCUUCCUCUGUUGAGGGAUGGUUACUCUUUUUAACAUAGAUGGCUUCCUUCACUCCUCUUCAAACCAUGCGUCUUCCCAAGAGUACCAGUGAAACUACUGUAUUUUACCAAGUGUUGCAUUAGGUUAUUAAGUUGUUAGACUAGUGAGUCCGUCUAUAGUGGGUCUUUCAGAGUAACUCAACAUUAAAAGUGUUUGUUAAAGUCCAGUUUAACCUGCAGGAGUCUCUGAAGGCAGCUGUAACAUUUUCGUCCGCCACAGAGGAGAUAAAUCAUCAUGAGUGAAAGUGAGUUUUUUGCAUCUGAAAACAUAUCAAAUGGCCAAAAACUAUUCCUGCCUGUCAAUUGUGAAAAAAUGUUAACUCUCACAGCAAAUUAAUAACAAAUAUGAGAGAAGAAGGAGAGUGAAAGGAAUCAACUCGCCACAGUAACUCAGAGCGGAGGAUUACAAGGCGUAAUUUAGUUUUUUCAAUUUUGUUCUAGCUCAUAUAGCCAGAGAUUUAGGAGAACGUCCAGCAUUCACCAAUGUUCUCUUAUUUUAAGUACGAACAGAAUUUAUGACCUGGUCCAGACCUGUCGUGAGAUUCACUUAAAUAAGUCUGCUGUUGGUCAAAAAACGUUUUCAAUUUAUGGAUAAUUUUUUCAAAAUUUGGACACAAUUAUACUUAUAUAGAAAAAUUAUAUAAAAAUAUAUACAUUUCACCUCAUUAUGUUGAUAUUAUUGCAAUUCAAAUUCAUGUACAAAUAUUCAUGUACCUGCUAAACAUUGUUGCACAAUGGCCAGGGGAGUGCACAUCUUUGGCAGUUGGCAUGCAUGUUGCGGAGGGAUGCACGGAGUUGCUGGAGUUGUUAAUUGUCACCAUGCAAACUAUUUUAGGAUCAUUUCAAGCUGCAGACGAGACAGGAGCACCAUGCAACAAGCCUAUAUCACACUGACUCGUGUAGUGAGGGCAGGUGGAUGAGCCUUAUCUUUUGGUGGCAUAGUUUCUUGCAGGGCUUUCCUUGGGUUUGGAGAUCGUUCUUUCGAGCAUUUAGUCAUUCUUUAAGGGUAUUUUCAGAAAGUUAGCAUAGAGCCAGGUUAGUUACUGCGACUUGUCAGUGUCAGGCCAUAACUGGAAGUCCCUACAUACAUAUAUCUUGUGAAAAUACUAAUAAUAAACUUUGAUAUAUAGCAUUCAACAAUGUUACUGCUUUACAAGGAAGAAAUAACACCUGCAGACGAGACAGGAGCAUCAUGCAACAAGCCUAUAUCACACUGACUCAUGCUGCGGUAAAACACACAGUUGGUGUAGUGAGGGCAGGUGGAUGAGCCUUAACACAACUGGUGGUACAGUGCUCCACACGCAAGAAAAGGCAUUUCAAAUAAUUAUAACAUGCUGCAUUGUGUAUAAUAUUGCAAUCAUAGAUGAAUGCAUUAAUUUUUUCAAUACCGUUCGGAGUUUAUCGUUACAGUCUUUCAUAAUUUAACCCAUUUAAUACCGGAUUUCGGUACCUAUCCUUACUACCAAUUUAAUACUGAGUCCUACAAAUUACUUUCAUGUAUAAACAAAACUGAAGCAGCAGAUACAUUUGUUUGGAAAAAUCGCUGGCUGGAUUAUGUUCAGAGUCAAACAUAUAUUUUGAAUGAAGUUUUACAUUUACAAACAGCUGUGAGGUUACCAGGAGUUUGUUAGGUGUGGGAUUGGUGGUAAAUCAGUAUCUCUGCAUUAUUUUUUUUAAAUAUGCUGGAAGAGGGACUUCUAGCUGAAUUUGAGAACUUUGUGACAGUCUCAUAUUCCAGAUUAUGAAAAAACGCAUUUAAAACAUAUAACAGCUUUGACAUAUUGAGCAAAAAAGAGAUGUUAAUUAUAGCUCCAAAUAUACUUAAUACCCAGCACAGUGACUGUUUUGCUGUUACAUGUGACUGAAAAGAAAUGACAUUGAUAAACAAUUACAAAAUUACAAUAUGUGAAUGCUGAAAUGAAGGUAGACAACCUGGAAUAUAGUUUUCUAAAGUUUUAAAAUUAUCAUACUGUCUGACAAGCAGUCCUCAUCAUCAAGGUGUCAUUCCUCAUUGUGUUGGGUUUUCUGAUCGGACGCCUGAGUAAAAUCUAUUUUAGAAAUCAGUGCCUUCCUAAAUGACAAAGAAAAAUUACUAUUACAAGAAAAGAUUCAGGGGUCUUUUAUCUGAUCUGUCACUGCUAUGGUUAAGGUUGGUAAAUCUUAAUUAGGGUUGGGAAAAUGUAAAAAGAAUAGAUUGUUAACAAGUCAUGCAUGGUCCUGGUUUAAUCACUGGCUGCUGAUAGGAGAGAGGGGAUUUCAGCUAAAAUAAGUGUGUUGCUACCUUCUUCUGAACAGCCAGAAAAUGGGCAGACAUUCAUCAUUAUGCAGCUUUCUGGAACAGAAGCAAAAGCAGACUUAAAAUUGGCUUUACAUCUUUGGUCAAGACUACUCCAUCAGUAGUCAGUUUGGUAUCAGUGUUUUGCAUGUCAUCUAUCUGUCUAUUCAUCUAUCUAUAUAUCUAUCUAUCUAUCUAUCUAUCUAUCUAUCUAUCUAACUAUCUAUCUAUCUAUCUAUCUUUUACAUAAGGAUUCAGGUUCAUGGUGGAUUUUUCAAAGGUGGUAUAUGAGUGAAAGUGGUUUGAACGCCUGUUUAAUUGAUUAAAAGUUCUGUUGCUGCAAAAAGAUUCAAAGUCAUCCCCAUAUUAGAAUGCUCCAACUGUACAUGUACUCUUCUGAUAUUAAUUUAGUUUAGGCCGCACUGUCAGUGGCCUUUGUGGAAGCUGAUAACAAACUUUACUGGAUAAACAGGAAGGUUGUGUAUAAAAUGUGAUGGCAAAUUAUGUUAAAGCCAAGAUACUAUCAAAUACCACAAAACAGUGUAAAGCAGUAUGACAUCCCCUUGUGUUAUUCAUGUGGAUUGUAUUACUAUGUUAGAAAUAAAAAAAUUAAUACAUAA